AUAUCUUGUAAGACUAUGACGUACCAAAGUAAACUGCAAAGUAUGGAAUGACAACGACAGACAACUGAAGGAAUUCGAUUCUAUUAUUAGGAUAUUAUGGGAACUAUUAACUUCCAAAUGUGAAGCCCUUUAUCGGCAUUAUGCCCCUAGAUGAGGACGCCUGUCAGGCGACAUACAAGAUUCUUAUCAUUGGUGACGCGUCGGUCGGUAAGACUGCUUUGUUGAGGACACUUAUAUCUGAACCAUUUCAGGAGAAAACCCGGCCGACUGUUGCUUUGGAUUUUGUGAGAAAAUCAUUCGAGGUCGACGGUGCCUUUAUACAGCUUCAUUUAUGGGAUACUGCCGGCCAGGAGAGAUUUCACUCCAUUACGAAGUGGCAUUACCGUGGAACAAAGGGUAUAGUGGUUGUGUACGACAUUACAGAUCGGGAAACAUUUCAUCACCUGUCCUAUUGGAUAGAUAACGUCAACAAGGAUGUUUCUCAUAGUAACAACAAGUAUGAAGCUGUCCCACUAGUUAUAGUGGGCAACAAGGUAGAUCUAUGUGGUGAAAGAAGAGUGAGGGCAAAAGAAGGACAAAAGCUUGCAGACAAACACAUGGCAUUUGGAUUUUUUGAGACCAGCGCUAAAACGGGUGAAAAUGUGAUUGACGCUUUCCGCAGGAUUGCAUAUCACGUGACUGAUAUUUGCGACCCAACACUUAUGAAGAGCUAUCAUCCAAAUAUGUUAAGACCACCGGAUAUAAUUCGCAAGACCGGAAGUACGAUGCAGCAGAUACUUCCGUCAGACAUGAUAGAUGAUAAAAAAGCCAAGGGAAUGAAAUCAACAAAGAAAAAGAAGAAAAAAUCUAAAAAUAGAUCUAAUGACAUUGAAAUGAGUACGCUACGAAGGGAAGGUCACUUACAAAGUUCAAUAAUAUUCUAUUCUGUGGUCGUACAUGAACACAACAGCUACAAGACAGGUGAGCGGUACAUGCCCAAUUGACCUCUUUUAACAGUUAAAAAAAAAUCGUCUGUAUUUGGAAAUGAACACCAUUGACAUUUUUUGUUUUGUUACUGGUUGUAGAGUGCGAUGUGUUUUUUAUUAAUGAGAAUCUGUUCACCGGAUCCAGCAAAACAACGCAGUGAUUCAUUAUUUACGAUAUAUUUGCAAUAAUAUUGGUUAUUCAGUUAUUAAACAGUAUUAGUAAAAUGCUGGAAACAAAAGAUAUUUGAUUUUGGUUUGCAUUUUAACCAAAUCAAAUUCUUUAUUAAUUUAUCAUAUACAUGAAUUUGCAUCUGCUUUUUGUUGCAUUAUUUGACCAUGUUAAUCAUUAAUGGCUAUGAUCAUACCAUGUGACCAUUUAAAAUGAUUGAUAUAUGAACAGGCUUGGCUCUUGCGUCCCUCUGUCCUCUUUUUCAUUUUAAAUGAACCGAAUGUGAUAUUUCAGUAUUACUAAGUCAAUUGUGAACUUUACGUAUAAUACAUAUAUAUAUAACUGUACAUGAAUAUCAAAGAUGAUAUAAACCAAGGUCUAUGUAUAUGCAAAUCACUCAACUUUUCAAUUAAGUACUUUAAUUUAAAUCAUGUUUUCGAUUGUGAUUCGAACGAUGUAUCCUUAUAGAUAUUAGUUUGUCAAAUAAGAAGGCAUAGAUCAUUUAUAAAUGUGAAUGAUAUUAGACAUGUGUACACUUAUUUAUUGAUUUUGUUAUGUCACAAUAGGAAUGACGUCAUAUUUUGUAUGUACGUGAUGUUUAUUGUCACACUGCUGAUUGAUAUUAAAUCUUGUAUAUUGAA